CAUCUUACCACGAUUCCGAAAGGGAACCCAAAAAUAAAUACCCGUCAUUCUCUUGAGUACUGAGUACUCACGUUGGUAGCCUCACUAUCCAAGUCCAAUCCCCAGGUCACAAUCCCUUCUCGUUCUCCUCCUCCUCAGUCCUCCCCCCUAAUUGCUAAGCCAAAGACAUCAAUUCCAGGAGAAAAAAAAAAAAAAGAAGAAAGUUCUCAAUUCUCAAAUUACAGAAUCUACAGUAACAUUCCAUAAUAUUCCAUUCUGCCCUUUUUUCUGAAACUUUCCUAAACAUCUCUUCUCCUUCUUCUCCUCUUUCAAUUUAAAAAUCCCACCUUUGUGAACACUUCAAACUUCCCCACUAACCCAAAUCAAAGACCACUUCACAGACCAAAAAUAGGAGAAAGAAAAUAAAACAAACAAAACUAAUGAACAACCCAUUCCAGAAAAUCCCCCAAAUGUGUUGGAUCUAACCUUCAAUUGAAAAAUCCCACCUCACAUUGUGCCUCAAAACCCAAUUUGAUUUCUCAAAGUUUUGAUUGAGAACAAAAAAAAAAAUGAGGGUUUUGAGUGAAUCUUGGUGCUUCUGCAAUGGCGGAGGUAAGUCUGAGAGACUCAAAGCCGCGAUUUUUAACACAAAAAGCUCAGCAAUGGCAAAACUUUCUUCUUCCUCUGUAUCUUCAGCUUCUGCUAGCUCUUCAGGCGGUGAAGCCUCAGGAACUGGAGUUUUGAUUCAUAGGAAUCUUCUUCUGACAACUCAUGUGAAUCUUCCUUCUGUUAGUGUUGCUGAGUCAGCUGAGAUCCGGCUUCACAAUGGUGUUCCUGCCACUCUUAUGCCUCACAGGUUUUUUAUAACUAGUUCUGUGCUUGAUCUUACUAUUGUGGGCUUAGAUACCAUUGAAGGAGAUAUAGUUGCACAUGGUCAGCAACCUCAAUACUUCAAGCUUUGUUCUAAACCAAACCUUGAAUUAGGCAACAUUGUAUUUCUUCUAGGACAUGCAGAGAAAAAGGAGCUGUCAAUUGGAGAAGGGAAAGUGGUGAUAGCUACAGAUAAUCUCAUAAAACUAUCCACGGAAGGCUUUACUUGGAGCCCUGGAUCCGCCGGUUUUGAUUCGCAAGGCAACCUUGCAUUUAUGAUCUGUGAUCCUAUGAAGCUAGCCACUUCACCAAAUACUAAAUCUUCUUCAACUUCCUCGUCCUCUUCAGCAUCUUGGAAGAAGGAUCUUCCCAUGCAAUUUGGCAUUCCGAUGCCCAUCAUCUAUGACUGGCUAAAUCAGCACUGGGAAGGCAGCCUAGAUGAUCUUAGCAAACCAAAAUUGCCAUUGAUGCGAUUAGUGUCAGCAGGCCAUAGAAGUGAGCAUUCUUGUGCUUCUUUUACAAUGAGGCAAGUUUUCAAGGCAACUGAAGAAAUUGAGGGAGCCACAUCAUCAUCAAACACUGUAUCAAAACCUAGAGACCAGCCUGGACAAGGGUGUUCUGCAACUGGACAAACCAGUGAGGAGGAAAAGGCAAUCUUGCAACCACAUGCUAGCAUCACUCACCCUCAGGGAAUUCCAACUCCGGAAAUCUAUGAAUCACCGAAGGUGACCGCAAAUCCUGUGAAGAAGAAAGAGUCCACACAAAUCCAACUCUUAGAUAUCAACUUCCCUCCAAGGGUAUCCAAAGCCCCUAUAACCCGACCUUCACAGGAAUUGCUUCCAGGUUCAGGUGAGAAUUGUGUGAAUGAAGCUCCAUUACGGAUUUCACACAAAGAGGAAAAAGAAGAACAUGUGCGAGCACUGUUAAUAGAAGAGAAGUAUCAAAUGAAAGAUAAAGAAGCAGUAAUGGAGGAGGAAACUGUCUCAACUGGUUCAGUGGGGGAUGCACAUAGCGAGGUGCAGUCUAGCUGCUCACCAGUUGCAGUAUCAGCAGUGAGAGAUGCGGAGAGCAGUGAUGGAGAAACAUUGUAUUCAGCAGAAACUGCUGAAAGCAGAAAUUAUACUAGCCCUAGGGAAGGGAGGUUUCAGCCUGUUGGGAGGAGCCAAAGCUGCGUGAGUUACAAUAGAUGGGGUCCUGUUCACCGGAAUCCUGUGGCUCGAAGAACAUCUUUGGAAAAACAGACAAGCUUUAUGCAGCCAAGAAAGACUUACUCUCAAGGAGCUCCAUCUCAUAAGACAAUGGACUAUUUCGGUCCUACAGUCUCUUCUAUCAUGAAGAAGCGGAACAACUUGGAGCAACAGCCGCAGCAACAGCAACAGCCGCCGAGCAGGCCUCGGCCAACUGCAGUACAUUCUUCGCCUAGGUGGAAUUUUUGAUGUACCUACAUAUUGUGAAAUGUAGAAAAUAAUAGAUAUAUAAAGUUAUUACGUUGUUGUUGUGGUACAUGGAAAGUGAAGUUGCUAGCAAUUGUUCCCAUUUUCUUAUACUGUAACUUGUAACUAAAUUGUUCACCACCCUCUUAGACAGGCGCUCUUCAUUCAUAAGAAAAAUAUGAGAAAUAUUGUAGCUCCACAGUGUCAUUCCACAUUCUUCACCAUGUAAUAUAUGUCAGAAACUAAAUUGCAGCUGUUGGCUGUAGACACUAAUUUAUUUUGUUGCAUAAGAUCACAUUAUAUGUCU